UUCCGAAACUCAAGCUAGCGACAACAGAACUAAGAAAAAUAUUGCGAGAAUAUUAUAAUAGAGUAAUAUGUUAUUUUCAACGUCAGUGAUGCCGGUGAGUUUUCACCACAACCGACAUAUCCCGUUACACGUAACAUACCAACCAAGAGGACGAUGUCGAAGGGGGCUGAGCCACGGACCGCAGGGGCCGGCACAGCACGGACCCCCUGCCUGGUUCAUCGCUCCCGCUGGGGGACCACACCGUCAUCGGGACGCCCUGUGCCUCCCUCCAUUCCUGGAAGAUGUUUUCGGGGUUUGGAAAGAGGUUGCCGGAAUUCCUUCGAACAAAGAAGGUAAAACCAAACCGAAACCUGUUUGGAAAGAUUCGGUUGACUGUGACGGAUUUUUCCCUGAAGAAAUCAGCAUCAACGUUUCGGAUGGGAAAGUUAUCGUUAAUUGCAGACAUGAAACAAAUGACGGGGCCGGGAACGUAGACGUUCGGCAGCUGAAAAGAACCAUCAACGUACCUGAAGACGUCGACAGUGAUAAAAUGACAGUCACUCUCAGCACGAAAGGCUUGGUCGUUAUAAAAGCACCGACAAAAACAGGUGAUAAAGAAACAAGAAAAGAAACUCCGGUCAAAGCUGAAGAGAGCGUGGUGCAAAACGGACAGAGUGAUGACGAAUGCUCGUGCAAAGAUUGUCAGGAGAUUGAUCCAGGGGAGACAACCGACUCGUCAGUUGAUGGUAUGGAUAUCCAGGCGGAAACUCCCGCCGAUCUCACCAAAGAAAAGAUAAUGGAAGAAAAUCCAAAACCAGAAGCACCCGUCCAGCCUGGAAAGAAAGCAUUGGAAAAAGAAGUAAAGAAGACAGAAGAAAUUCCUGAUCCAGAGCCAUUUGAACAGGUGGACAGUGAACAUGAUGACAUGAACACUACAAGAGUGGAAUCCAAAAAAUCUGAGGUGGAGGCGUCUGUAGGCCAACAGCUGGAAAGUGAGCCUCAACAUACAGAUAUACCAAAAAAAGAUUCUACCCACGAAACGGAAAAUCUAAAACAACCAGAAAAGAUAACAGCGGAAACCCUUAUGGAAGAAAAAACAGAGACAUCUGAAGAGCCUGGAAACAGACUAUUCGAAAUCCAUGUGGACAUGAAAAAGUUCAACCCAGACAGCAUAGAAGUGAAGCUGAAUGGCAACGCUUUGACGAUAUCCGGGAAGCAAGAAGACAAAGAUGAGGCAACAGGAAAGGUUGUUUCCAGCAGAGCUGUGUACAGGCGAUUUUAUAUUCCUGACCACGUGAACUGUGAUCUGCUCACGUCAUCGUUGGACAGUCACGGUCAGAUGACCAUCUCAGCGCCGUACAAGACCGAGGAAGAUCUGGCCGAAAAGGUCAUUCCUAUCUCGGUGAACUGAAGGAUGAGGUGGAAAUGUGAAGGGGCGUGGCAAUAGCAU